GCCUGUGCUCCCCGUUCGCUCCCCCGAGGGGUCCCGCUGUUUCCAAGUCAGAUCCAGCAGACGACUUCACAGGACCCACAUGGGUGUUCAGCUUCCUGCGCACGUCGCCAUGGUUCCUUUAUGAGGAGGACGCGGCGGGACAUAAAGAGAGGCGCACGAGGAAGAGCGACACCGAGAAGGACUACUCCCCACCUCGGCUGUGACACCUCCGCCGAGAAGGGACGUUGUGAUUCCGCUCGCCCCAUCUCCGUUGCUUCUGCGCAAUUUCUCUGCGGCUCAGUGAUUGUUUUUGCCUGUAAAAGUUCCACGAAGAGCAUGGACAUCUGACGGUUACGCAUCUGUGGACGUCCACUGAGAGAGGACUGCUGCGCUGCGCUGUCGGUGCUCUGAUGGACCUUUGGCUCGCCACCUUUUUUUCUGUUCACUGAUUCAUCCGUUCAACACUCGCCGAGCAAGUGACCCGCAACUUCCCGGACAGUCGUUCUGAAUGUGUGGCGCAUCGACCCAGCAUCCUCCAGCCCGCGGCCACAUGUGAAGGGCAGCCGGCGGCACCUGUCCCGGUUCGAGCGCCCGAGUCCAACUCCAGCAAACCGAACGCCACCGAAGAGGAAUACGAAGUUGGUUUGCUUUUGACCGUAGUGAUGCUGCAAGUGGAAAUGGUCCUGUUCGUCUGCCUGGUGCUGUGGAUGUGUGUUUUUAGCCAGGAGCCCAGUUCCAAAGUGGUGGCGGACCGCUACGCCGUCUUCUGGAACCGAACCAACACCAAGUUCCAUCGCGGGGACUACCACAUCGACGUCUGCAUAAACGACUACCUAGACGUUUACUGUCCGCACUAUGAAGACUCAGUGCCUGAGGAGCGGACGGAGCGCUACGUCCUCUACAUGGUCAACUACGAUGGCUACAGCACGUGCGACCACACAGCCAAGGGAUUCAAACGGUGGGAGUGCAACCGGCCACACUCCCCCAACGGCCCGCUCAAGUUCUCAGAGAAGUUUCAGCUCUUCACUCCUUUCUCUCUGGGCUUUGAGUUCAGACCGGGCAGAGAGUACUACUACAUCUCCUCCACCGUUGCAGAGAACGGGAAGAAAACGUGCCUGAAGCUCAAAGUUUUCGUCCGACCAUCAAACAGCUGCGUGAGAACUAUAGGCGUACAUGAUCGUGUUUUUGACGUAAACGACAAAGUAGACAAUACAUUAGAACCACGAGCAACUGAAGUUCAUAUGGCAACUCAGAAGUCUGUAUCUAUCAAAUACGACACAAGCCAUGAGCCAGCCGAGCCUUCCCGAAGCGACGAGACAAACGCUGCGCCGCACCUUCAGAAAACCAGUCUGCUGGCGUCGCUGCUCUGCCUAGCAGCGCUCUUCACUUUAUAGCGCCUCCACAUGCCCUGGAGACCAAACUACACCUAGCGUGGCCUGAAUCUGCCCAAGAUUGUCGGGGUGGGGAGGGGGGCGGGGUUUGGAUGGAGCUGGUUUUGCUUGAUUUGGGCGUCCGAGCAGGCUUCUCAAGGAACCCUCUUUUUGUGUUUCACACAGAGAAACAAGAAACAUAUUUAAGUGGUCUUUCUCCAUCUUCGAGUGAAGAAGUUGAUUGUGGGUGAGAGGAUUCCACUUUCAACACAGAUGCCAAAUCCCGUUUUUUGACACUUGCGUGUUUCGGUUUUUCCAUUCGUUUCUUAUUUAUGUAUCUGCAGCACUGAUGUUCGGCCACAUACACAACUGACAUGCAGACGUUCUUAGGAAGUGUUCAGUAGCAACGCAGCUUAGGCAGACAGCGAGAAUCAUAGGGGAUAGACAUGACUGUACAUAUUUGAAAUGCAUCCCGAGACCCCCUGUUGAAACCCCUCAUGGUUGGAGUCACUUCUAGUGCAGUUACGGAGCUGAUGAAGGUGAGCUGGCGCUUAAAAGGCUACGAUUACGCCGAUAAAGACGUGUGGGUAACAUGCUUCUGUCUGGCAGAACAGCACGUUUAAGAUGUGAACCUCAGAGAAACAACAACAAACCGCUGAAUUUAUCCAAAUAAUUCAAAAAUAUUUUCAUCACUUCAAUUUGAAGGUACAAGGUGUGUAAUGAAUAAUAACAAAAUAAAUCCAUUUUACUGCUUCAAAUACACUUUUAGGAUUAUUUUUAUAAGCCUCAUCUUUGCCAUAUUUUCUUGUUCACACAAAGCACUUGUUUGUUGUAGGCACUUUGAUUGUAGCACUUUAGUAAUGCGUACAAAAAACACUGUGUACACAGCUGGUGCAGUCAAACUACCAUUAGCUUUUCUUCAGGUGCUCACUUCUGCUUCUGUACUUUCUUAAAGUAAAUAUAUUCCAUGCAAAACAAAAGAAGGAAAUGUUACCCCAUGAUCUUCUAAGCCAAAAAAAGGGGACCCAGAAUUGAAGGGGUCCCAGUUAACACAGUGUUUUGCAAAAUUCAAACUAUAUUUUUGGAGUUUGUUACGAUAAUUAUUUUAACUGCAUGAUGGCUAUUGAAGUAAAAGUGCGUGGAGCUUUCAGAGUGAUGUUGCCAUUGUUUAUUUGUCUCACCCCUGGUGUGUUAAGACUAAUAAACGUUCAUCUUGCAAUUAACAGACUGCAGUUGUGGAACAUUUACUGAGUGAAAAAUCAAUCCCAUCAGCCACAAACAAUGUGAACUGAGUGUUUCUGCUCAGCUCUUUACUGUUAAACAACAGGUUUUAUAUUAGUGGGGAGUCAAUGUUGUAUUUGUGUCCUCUGCGCUGUACACAGGCCUGGCGAUACCGGUCGGGAAAAAUUGCUUCCUUGAAGCACCAGUAUGACAAACGUGGCACAAUUGUCUCAGAAAGUGAGGAGCUCAGAUCCUGGUCCACCUUCAGCUGCUAGAGUUACCGGUUUAAGUGACUCCUUUAAUGAGGUUCAAAGUGACAGGCAUGUGGACCCCAUGUUGGGGCGAGGGGAGUUUUCCUUGAAUUAAAAAUAGAUGGUGAAAGGCUUGGGGGGUCUCGGGAAGGGAGGGAUGGGGUGUAGGUUUCCGCCGUGGGUUUUUUUUUUUUUUUUUUAAACACCAAUGACCUUGCAGUUUGAGGUAGUGAAGGAGAAGAAUUAAAAGUGGAGGAUUAGAGUGCCUAGCAAAACACUUUUCAGCAGUCUCGAAGGCAUGGUGUUUUUGUUUUGAAGUUGUGGCUGCCUUUCCCCACCCACAGAGACCGCCUUUGCCUUUUUGACAUUUACUUUUAAUGACAGAAAUCCGGGGGUAAUAAUUUGGGAGAGCAUUUUGAGGGGUACUAGUUUUCAGCCAAACAGCACAGGGAUUUAAAAAAAAUAAAAAAUAGAAAAACAGACGCUUGUCGGCAGAUUAACAUUUGACUUUUAUCCAAAACCAGCUAUUGUUCUCCUAUCGCAGCGAUUAUUAUUGUUCCACACACACCUGGGAGAUGAGGAUCAACUUAUAUAUGAACUGGAUACUGUGUAUCCUGAGGUAGUCCACCAUAAAACAUGUCAGUGGUAGGUUAGUAUCUGUUUUGUACCUGGAGGACAAGAAAGAAAGAUACAUCAUUGUUGUAUAAUUAUUAUUACUGUUAUGAUGAUGAUGCCUAUUAUUAUUAUUAUUAUUAUUAGGAGAAAUUCUUGAUGUACAUAGUGUUUGAUAUUAAAGUAUUCAUUUGGUUCUUAUGUCUUUUCUAAAAAAAAACAUACAACUAUGGUAUUAUCUCUGGGUUUUACUGUGUGUAUUGUUCUGGAACAUUGUGUACAUGAUCCUCAAUACAUGAAGGGGGAACGGUCCGCGUGUCGUUUGUGUAACAUUUAGAAUCAAAACAUCAAGUUAUUUGUUGAAACAAAUUCAUCGGAUACAUUUAUGGGUCGGGAAAGUGUUUUUAAAAUUCAGCUGGAGUACAGGCAGCAGCACACGGUGGUCAGUGCUUUGGGAAAAGGAAGGAGCCCCUUAUGUGUUGUGAACAGAAUUGUGCGGAUUUUGCAACUACUUGGAAGGUACAUAAGAGGCGGCAUCUCUGAAGAACGAGUCACUUUGAACGCAUCAUUUUCCUGUGUUUCUCUCUGGGUGUCGGAAACUGGUGGGAUAGUCAAGCAACAGCUUGGCCACAAGUUUAUUUAGACAGAGGAGAAUCUACGGAGAAAGUGAAUGACUGAUCCGAAAAAAAAUGUUUGUGUUGUUAAUUUAUUUUGUGCAUUUUUUUUUUUUACUGAUUCGGAGUCACAAUCAAAAUUGAACUAGAUUUUUGAUUCUAAAUGAAAGAGCGACUAAAGCGCGGGCGGGAAAAUGUGGGUGCUAUACACACAAACACACACACACACGUGUACAGAGGACUGGACUUCAGCCGACGACUGGCUCACGUGUCUCAUGUUUCAGCUCUCCAUCUCUUCACGAACGGACCCUGCUACAGAAGGAACUGCUUUACAGACAACAAACUUUUCUACUUGGCCUUCAGUGUCUGGGAGCAUGUUGGUCAGAGUGAACUGCAAAUGGAGGAAUUUCAUGAUGUGGCAUGCGCAUGAACUUGAUGAACAUGUUGGGGGAAAAAAAAAAAAAAAAAUCGAGAAAAAAAAGUUUUCUUUUGCUGUUAUUUUCUUUAUGACGUGUUAGAUUUGAGCAUCAUGUUGUGUGUUUUCACCUCCAACGAACGCACGUAGUGACGGAUUAACAAAUGUACAUAAAGCAUUUCAGUGUGGGCCAUUUUGUAUCACAAACUUUAGUUUUAAUCCUGUGUAGUCGCUGACUGUUCAUCCUCUAUCAGACAUCGGUCAUGUAUAAAUCACUGUGUGGAGUUUUUUUUUUGUUUGUUUUUUUUUUUAACUGAGUUUGGAAAUCGAGACCUUUUCGUUUCUGUGUGUGUGUGUGUGUGUCUUGUUUGCAGUUGCCACAGUGAAUGGGAAGUGGCAACCCUCUUUGGCAGCCAGGAGUGUUUCCCAUGCCUUAGCCCUUCAGCCUCUGCGCUGGCAGCCUUGUCUGUGUACAAGACGCUCUCUGCCAUUGUGCUUUUACACGGAGCGGCUGCUGGCGUCAAACAGACUACAACAGGGCCCUUCACUUUCUCUCCUUUUUUUAGCAAACGCUGAAUCAUUUGUCCCUGCGGUAGACGUUUGGCACAGUUCAAGGAUUAGUGCACCCCUUUUUAUCCACAAAUCCAAUACUGGAUUGUUAGUAGGGCGAAGCUUAUCAUCGAUCCAUGUUCUGCCUCUCGUCAUCGGCCCUCUAGUUUGUGAUAAGCCUUGUUCAUUCCUGUCCUUUCCCAUUCUCCUUGUGCUCGACACCUGCUGCCCACAUUCAUUUCUCAACCUUCGCUCCCGCUCUGUCAUCAGUGGGGCAUUGUUUCCAACCUGCUUUUUUACACUAUAUAGAAGAAAAACACAAAAACAACCUGUAUUUGUAUAUACACGUCUGAGCAUCUAUGAGUACUUCAAUAAAAUGGA